GUCGCGUCGCGUUGCCUCGCGCGUGCUCCCUUCAACCCCCAGCGGAACCGCAGCCAUUGUCGGAGGGUCGGUCGGUCGGCUCGAUUCUUCGCGAAACGCGCGUCCAUGGUGUGCGCGUAACACACCCUUUCAUCGUGCGAACACCCUGUGUGAAAACCAAACGAGCACGAACGUGCGAGCGAAUUAAAAAGAAAAGAAAGAAAGAGAAGAAAAAAAACGGUGAAAUUCAACGACGCGAGGGGAUGUGAGAGGAAUAUCCGUUCGUCGGCGCGAUGAGACGCGAACAUUCGCGCGACGCCGAUUUCGCGCGAGCAGCACCAGCACCAGCACCAGUACCAGCCGACGCUGCCACCGCUGCUGCCGCCGACCCCAACCCCGCCGCCGAUUCCUCCGCUGACGCUACCACCGCGCUGCUGCACCCUCUUGCCGUCACAGCAGCGUAUCUCACCGCGAGCAUGAAGAUUCCGCCUCUCUCAUGACCCAGCAUCGUAAGCGCACAUGUGGACGUGGAUAAAUCACUUUAGCGAGAGGGAUGUCUGAGAGCGACGGAGAGCAUGCAGCUCGCUCGGUGGCCUUAGAGCAAGCCUACGUCCACGAAGUAUACGAGCAAUGCGCUGAGAAGACUACGCAAAGUAAACACUGGCCACGAGUAUAUCAAUUUCUUCAAGAACUCGAACCGGGUGCCCUCGUCUGUGACAUCGGUUGCGGCAACGGAAAAUAUCUCAGCGUAAAUCACAGUGUCUUCAAAAUAGGGGUGGACAGAUGCAAGCGUUUCACGGACAUCGCGCGCGAGAAGGAAAACGAGGUUCUAAUCUGCGAUAAUUUGGCUCUACCAUUCCGAGAAGAAAGUUUCGAUGCAGUGCUGUCGAUCGCCGUGGUGCAUCAUUUCGCUACCACGGAGAGGAGGGUACAUGCGUUGAAAGAAUUAGCGCGAGUCCUUAGAAUUGGAGGUCGACUCGUUAUAUCCGUCUGGGCUAUGGAACAAAAGCAUAGAAAAUUUGAAUCGCAAGAUGUUUUAAUACCAUGGCCCAAAUCGCAUUGCAUGAGCACAGCGUCAGAGGGAACGAAGCAUUCGAGUGUAUCAGACAGUAACGAGAAGCGAGAUGAUGAUGCUGCGCAGAAAAAUCAGUCAUCCUCCAAGAGAAAUAGCCAACGAAAAUGUAAAAGCAAAAGUUAUUGGAUCGAUCCGAUAUUCAGCUUGUCACCAUCCACCAGUAGCCUCUCUAGCCCGAAUGAGACCUGUUAUAGCUGUUUCCGGCGAGCGUUACAGAAAUUAGCGAGGAGCAGACGCGGAGGAGACGGUCGUACAUGGUUUCCUGGAAGUUGGCAGAGCAGUACCAAGAGCAGGCGACAUUAUGAUCCCGAGGACACAACCGAUGUGGACGAGUUGCCAAUCGAGCUACGUCGCGUAGAAACCACACAUACGCUAACGAUGACGAACAAGCAUUCCACGGACACACUAAGCAUCAAAUCCAAAAGUUUAGGUGAUAUUUUAGAAAUUGAGAGACUUGAUUUGGUGCGUUCACGGUCCAGCAUCCCGGGUUUCUCUUCGACGUCCGAGUUGAUCUUGGAUGAGCGAUCAGUCUCGUCAUCAUCGAGCGGCUCAAAGCCGCGGCUGGUGAAGCAGAAGUCAUACGUAGAGGAGAUUGGUUUGGAGAAUCCCGAAGACACUGCCAUUGAAAACCUGAUAAAGAAUCUCCCGGACUUCUCCUACCAAUCGUUACGCAAGCGUAAUAUACCGUUAAAGCAGAGUUCGAUGAAUGAAGAAUUGAUGUCGGCGGAACGGCUGGAAGAGAAGGAACGAGUGCGACGAAAUAUCAUGAAACAAGCGUCGCUGAACGAGGAGCUCAUUUGCAAGUGGCGAACAUUUGAGGCGCUCAAAGAUUCGAUCAGUCCGGUGAGCGCUAGUCGGCGCUUCCAAUUGCUAAAGAACGGACUUACUAAUAAACUCAAGCGUUCUACAACGAACAUUGAGAAGGUCUCCAGCAUGUCUAUCAAGAAUGGUUUUGUUCGUAUGCUGCAGGGAUGGAAAUCCUGUGAGAACGAAUCGGCGUCCGUCACGACAAAGCCGAAACCAACGGACAAUAAAGUACAACCGGUAACAAUGGUGAAACGUAGCAUUGAGGGUGUCGAACGUCGUCUCUCACGCGAAGACGGUUCGGAUUCGUCCAAGGACAGCAGUUUGCAGAGCGACACCAGCGUAGAUUCCGAAGACAGCUUCGCAUCUGUGAUUUACGUGCCGAAGCAGGACGUCACGGCACCGCCGGCGUCGUCCUCGGUCAAUGAGGUUCCUUCCGCACCGCGACCGGCGGCAUUACAGCUCAGCACGACGUCGGCACCACCGUCGCCGCGUGUCAAGCAACCACUGGACGGUGGUCAAUCAUCUAGAUUCAAAAUGAUCAGUGUGUCACCAUUGCUGAAACAGCAAUCGAUUGUUACGAAUACAAAUGCAAAUACGAAUACGAAUCUUGGCGAUGCGAUAAAAUCUAGUGUGCCGACUGUUGUAGUCAAGGAAAUGUUUGAUAAUACUUUACAGGCACCGGCGUCAGGAGAACUCCGUCUUAUAUCGGAACCGGACGAAGAGUCGGAUACUACGUCUUUGAUACAUGCCUUUAACGAUGUCACUAAGGUAGUCAAUCGCGAGCCAAUUGUGAGUGAAGACGACAGUCGAAAGGCCAGACUGAAUCAGAUCAAGGAACUACUGAUAGCGAAGCCGGGCUUUGCGACACGCGCUAGACCGUCGUUUCCAUUGGUGAGACGUGCUUCUACGGCGGCUUCGGGUCGUCUAGAGACAGUCACGAGAAUCUUACCACGUCUGUUAUCUCUAGAGUUGUUCAAUCCAGAGACUGAUGACUUGGAUAGUGAUUCCAGUGGCGUCUCGUCGCCGGAGUCAGUCGGCUCAGUGAUCAGCGUCACAUCGGAUGAGCGAUACAUCGCGAGAAAGGAGGUUGAAGAAAAGAAAAACAAUGUACAGACAGAUGAGAGUCUUUCCAAAUCAAAUGGAGAUGAUAUAUCGAAGAGGAAAAAGGAAACGGAAAGUAAUAUACAUGACGAUGAGUCGUUGAGUAUGAUAACAACAGCGUCAUUCGAAGAUUCGAAUACACCUCUGGAUCCUUUGCAUGACGACUCGUCCGCGGAUCUCAAAGACGAUAUAUUUCUUGCAGAGACCGAGAUAACGCGCGACAUUUCUCAAAAUAAUUUAGAGACUGACACGAUCUGUUCCACGUCGCGUAUUUUUUUGAAAAACGAAAAAUCCAUCUCCUCGCAGUCUAUGAAGCUUUUGAAAGCCGCUGCUAACGUGGCGAGUUCAUUGGAGGAUGCUGUGGAGAAGGCAAUUCAACACAAAGCCCAAGUAGAACAAUUCUCGCAAGUUGCACAACGGCGAAAUAACGACAGUAUUUGGUCGCAAUCGAGUGUGCGAACGCGAGCGUAUUUGAAAGAGGAUUAUAAAUCCACUUCAGAAGAUUUGGGUGAUUACGCUGACGAAUCAAGUAGCGAUAUUAUACGAGAUAUUAGUCGGUACUGCCAGAACUCGUCGUUCGAUUUUCUCGAGGUCUGCCAAACAUCGAGAACUACGUCGUCAUCAUCGUCGUCGGAUGUCGCGAAAAAUAAUUUGAAUACGGAAUCGGAUACUACGGCCUGUUGGGACGAAUGCAAUCAAGUACCUAAGGAGACUUCGUGGAUUGUAAACGAAGUGUACGACGGAGGUGGAUACAACAAGUUCGCUAAUGUGGUCCAAUCUAAACUAACACCUAAAUUCUCUAGAUCUCUCUGUAACAAGGCGGUUUGCGAAUCCGAAUUUGACGGUAAAUUUCUAUGCAACUCCAAGUACGAAGCCGAACCCAAAACUACAUUCAUAUCCAAAUGCGACGAAACGUUUAGAGUUAAUCAUGAAUCUGAAGAGAAAUUAAAAAUUGAAAUCGAUCUUGUAUCCAGAUCCAACCUCGAAUCCAAUAGUAAUCUUAUGAGUGAUACAAAAAAAUCGUUUAUCAAUGCUGAAAGCACGCUCAAUCUCCAAUCUGGAGCAAGACUUAAAUCCAAGAUUAAUCAGAAGCAUUAUCGUUCCUCCAACACUUCGUCGUUGUUGCGCAGCAAUUCGGACGAUACGUUGGACUUUGUGAUGGUGUCGAAAACGGGUGAAGAGGAGUUCGAAGAGGAUGCAAAGGUCGGGAAAUGGCAUUCCUCUCACAGUAGAUUAUCGAUAAACUCGAGCGAUGUAGGUGACUCUCUGAUAGAGAAUACAGGGAUGAGCUUGAGCGACGGCAGUCAAACAGAAUCAACAGCGAGACUGUUUACCGGCAGCACGGUGUCAUUGGUAUCAAAUCCAAAUGUGGGGAACACCCGUCGGUGCUCGGUGGAGCGACGAAGAUUGCAAGAACGCGGCCAUUCAUUGGACGAGAUGUCGAGCGAGACAAAAAAACGAGAGGGCUGUCUAGUCACCGCGAGCACUAACACCCUAAGUAACGCCUCAUCCCAGGAAUCGUUGCCCUCCGAUCGCGGCGGCGGUUCCAUUACCUAUCAUCAAUAUUAUCACGUCUUUCGGGAAGGCGAACUGGAUCAGCUGAUCAACAAGUACGUCGAGAACCUGCAUAUCAUUUCAUCGUAUUAUGACCAUGCCAGCUGGUGCGUCGUUGCGGAGAAAGUGCAGGUCUGGACUAUAUGACUUCGGAUACGGAUCAUCGUGUGAAGGACCAGCGACUGCCGCGACUCGUUCUUGGCCGUUUUCGCCAAGUUGUACCGGGUGUCUCGAUAGGAGAUGUCAGCCAGAAGGGAUCAACUAGGUUCAACUUUAUGAAAAUUCGCAUCUGCUUAGUUUCACUUUUCAGUCGAAAAUAGUUCCUGGUUUACUAAUUCAAGAAAAUGAAUCGCAAAUCUAAGAAACUAGGAAUAUAUAAUUCCUAAACCCUUUAAUUUUUAAUGUUUAACACGGUUCGCACUAUAUUUAGAAUUUGGAUUACGAAACGAAAGAACUCUU